AUGUAUGCUCAUCUGCCAGACAGGGUAUUGCGGCAAUAUGGUCAUGUCCAAACCAUUCCUGGCUCACCGUUAGAGGUAGUGGGUCAGACGACCACACCAGAUGAAAUGGACAUUAUGUUUACGCAAUAUGUUGUGCAUGUAGUGGAUGCUGGCGCAGUUGUGCGGGGACAUGUAGUCUGCUCGAAUGAUUAUAUGGACUGGUUUCGCAGAAUUUCUCAUCCAUACAUCAUUCGUAGAGGACCAGUCCAUGAAGCUGAUGCAGAGCCUACUGAUCAUGCCACUCAUGCAGCUGAUGGCGGCAAUCCUGCUGAUGACACAGUUGACAUAACGCGUCGAGCAAUACAAAUUGCUGAAGAGCUGAUUGGCCGACAACUGAUAUUACCUGAUGGCAUGCCACUCAUUAAUGAGUUAAUUUUGAUGUUGCGAAGUCAGAGGGGUGGUGGUAGAGAUUGGACGAACACAAUACCAUAUCGUAGAAGAAAUAAAAGGACUUAA